AUGGUGAAGUACGUGCUCCACAUAGCCGAGAAGCCAAGUGUUGCCCAAUCAGUUGCGUACACAUUAAGUAAAGGGAAGUCGAAGAAGUGUCAAGGGAAGUCGAAAUUCAACCCGAUUCACAAAUUUGAUGCUGAGUUUCGUGACAAAGGAAUGAAAAAUCAGGUGGUCACUAGUGUUUCUGGCCAUUUGAUGGAACUCGAGUUUACCCCUGAGUUCAGGAAUUGGGGGAUGUGUAAUCCAGUCGAUUUAUUUACAGCACCUGUUGCGAAGUAUGUCCCAUCUCGUUCCAAAGAAACGGAGGCCAAUUUAAAAGAUGUAGCGAAAGGAGCAGAUACGUUAGUUCUUUGGUUGGACUGUGAUCGAGAAGGGGAGAACAUUUCAUUUGAAGUGAUUGAUGUCUGCGAGAGCGUCAACAAGCAUCUGAAAGUCUUCCGAGCACAUUUUAAUAGUUUAGUUCCGGUCGAAAUAGCACGUGCUUACCGCACCUUGACACCGCCAGAUAAGAAUCUAUCGGACGCAGUCGACAUCAGACAAGAACUUGACUUGCGAACGGGGGCUGCUUUCACUCGGUUUCAAACCACUUUAUUAAAGCGACAAGUUCCUGUGUUAAAAGACUUGAAAGUGAUCAGUUAUGGAGCGUGCCAAUUUCCUACCCUUGGCUUUGUUAUCGAUCGGUAUUACCAAAUCAAGUCGUUCACCAAAGAAAAGUUCUAUAAAAUCAAAUGUAUAGUCAAGAAAGAAGGCAUUGAAACAGAAUUUUUGUGGGAUCGGAACAGACUGUUUGAUCGAAUAGCAUGUCUAAUACUCUAUGAAGACGCGUUGGACAAAGUCAAACAAGCAAAGAUCACUGAAAUCCUCCAAAAGAGUAAAACGAACUUUAAACCCCUCCCAUUGACUACCGUCGACUUACAGAAAUCAUGUUCAAAGUUCUUUAAAAUCUCUUCGAACCAAACGAUGACUAUUGCUGAGAAGUUGUAUCAAAGCGGAUUAAUCAGUUAUCCCCGCACGGAAACAAAUAUCUACCCGGCUGAUAUGAAUCACACAAAACAACUUGAGAUGUUCGCCAAUUCAAAUACAUAUGGGGAAUACGUCAAACAACUGUUGGACGGAAAGAUGAAACCCCCACGAAACGGGAAGGCGACGGACAAAUCACAUCCGCCCAUCCACCCAACGAAACUUAUUGAAACGGGUCUUGUCGGGAAUGAAAAGACAAUAUACGACUUUGUUGUGAGGAGUUAUUUAGCAAAUCUGUCUGACGACGCGAGGGGGUUUGAAACGAAAAUUGGGCUGCAAAUUGGGGAGGAGAGUUUUCAUGCCAAUGGGUUGGUCAUCACUGAAAGGAACUACCUUGACAUUUACAAGUAUCGAAAAUGGACGGAAAAGCAAAUUCCCAACUUUGAGGAGGGAGAAACAGUUGACGUGACAAGUCUCACACAAGAAAUGGGAGAGACGUCGCCCCCAAAACCACUCACAGAACCCGAACUCAUCCAACUGAUGGACAAAAAUGGGAUUGGGACGGAUGCGACUAUUGCACAACACAUUGCAAAGAUCAUUGAGAGAGAAUAUGUCGUUGUCAUUAAAGGAGGGUUUUCACCAACGAAUUUGGGCCUUGCACUUGUGGAGGGAUACGACUCGAUGGGGUUUGAAUUUUCACGGCCACUUCUACGAGCGGAAACUGAAAGACAAUUAAAGAAAAUCAGUGAAGGCGAAGCAAAUAAAGACGACGUUGUCUCUCUAUUUAUCGACCAAUACGAAACACUCUUUACACGAGCAGAGUCAAAAAAGAAGUGUUUGGUUGAUGCAGCAAGAAAGCUGUUAGCGCAAACAGCGGACUGA